AUGAGGUUCAGCAACCACUUGAUUGGGCUACUAAAUUUCGCCACUUUCCUCCUCUCAAUCCCAAUCCUUGGAGGGGGCAUAUGGCUGAGCGGCAGAGCCAACAACACAGACUGCCUCAAGUUCCUCCAAUGGCCGCUCAUCAUCAUCGGGGUCUCGAUCAUGGUGGUUUCCCUAGCUGGGUUUGCAGGAGCCUGCUACAGGAACACUUUCCUCAUGUGGGUUUACCUGUUCGUCAUGUUCUUCAUCAUAGCAGCUCUGAUUGGCUUCAUCAUCUUCGCAUAUGCUGUCACAGACAAAGGAUCAGGCAGGCCUGUGACGAACAGGGCAUAUCUGGAUUAUUAUCUAGGGGACUAUUCCGGCUGGCUGGAGGAGCAUGUAGCUAAGAACAGCAACUGGAGAAAGAUUGCCUCUUGUGUUAGAGACUCCAAGGUUUGCCAGAAGAUGGGGACGAGUGUGAAUGGUGUGCCCCAGACUGCUGACAUGUUUUACAACAAAAAGCUCAGCUCUGUUCAGUCUGGCUGCUGCAAGCCCCCUACAGAAUGUGGCUAUACUUAUGUGAAUGAGACGACUUGGGAAACUGGAGGAGGUGUAACGGGAACCAAUCCUGACUGCACACUGUGGAACAACGACCAACGGCAACUAUGCUAUUCCUGUAACUCUUGCAAAGCUGGUGUUCUGGCCAGCCUUAAGAAGAGCUGGAGGAAGGUCUCCGUGAUCAACAUUAUUGUAUUAAUCAUCCUAGUUAUCUUCUAUGUGAUUGGCUGUGCAGCAUUCCGAAACAAUCGUCGGAUUGACAACGAUGAGCCCUAUGGGGAGGCUCGGAUGACAAAAUCACAACCUAGUGCUUUCCAACUCUAG